CGGCUCUGCGCAUGCGCAGUCCCUCACCAGAGGUUACGCCGCCGAACGAUGGCAGCCACACGUGAGAGGGCAGCGAACAGUUGAAUAGUGCGCGUUACUGUUAAGAGACACCGUCACAAACUUCUUCCGUCGCAAGUAGAGAGUUCAGCUCAGCUACAGUUCGCUUUAGCUCUGUUUUUUUUUACUUGUCUUUCGUUCACCCGCCUGCUUGAAAAACAAGUGCAGCAAAGACAUGCAGAGAAUAAGGUCUCUGAAAACCGGUUGGCAGCUGCUGAAAUCGAGCUGUGAAGGAGCAGCAAAGCAAGUAAACACCUCGGCUUCGACCUCACGAGAUCACAGCCAUCUCCCUCCUCAGGGCCCCGGCUCCUUCGGGCUCCUCUUUGACAUCGACGGGGUGCUGGUGCGGGGCAGGACGCUGAUCCCUGAAGCUAAGCAGUGCUUUAGGAACCUGGUGGACAGCAAUGGGAGGUACAAGGUGCCCGUGGUGUUUGUCACCAAUGCAGGCAACUGCCUGAGGCAGAGCAAAGCGGAGCAUCUGUCCCAUUUGCUUGAGGUGGAGGUGUCUCCGGAUCAGGUGGUGCUGUCCCACAGUCCUUUGCGAAUGUUCACCCAGUUCCACAAAAUGCGUGUUCUGGUGUCAGGGCAGGGCCCUAUUGUGGAGGUCGCACACAACCUUGGCUUUCAGAACGUUGUUACCAUAGAUAUGCUCAGAGAGGCAUAUGCUCUUCUAGAUGUUGUGGAUCACGCCAGGAGGCCCAAAGACAGUAUUCCCUCCACCAAAGGCUUACCACCAAUAGACGCUGUCAUUUUAUUUGGUGAGCCAAUCAGAUGGGAGACCAACCUCCAGCUUAUUGUCGACGUGCUGCAUACGAAUGGGAGACCAGACGACGCCUGGAGCACGAUGCGGUACCCUCACAUCCCGGUGCUGGCCUGUAACAUGGACCUGCUCUGGAUGGCCGAGGCGAAGAAUCCCAGGUUUGGACACGGCAUGUUCCUGGUGUGCUUGGAGAGCCUGUACAAGAAGGCCACAGGCUACGACCUGAAGUACGAGGCUCUGAUCGGUAAACCCAGUGUGGUGACUUAUAACUACGCCGAGCUGCUGGUUAGUCAGCAGGCUGAGAGACUUGGCUGGACCACACCCGUGAAGAGACUCUACGCCAUAGGAGAUAACCCCAUGUCUGACAUAUACGGUGCCAACCUCUACAACCACUACCUUCAGGCUUCCCAGCGCACCAAGGCCCAGAAGAAGGCCAAGAGUGGCGGAGGAGGUGUAGAUAAAGCGGCAGAAACUGUUGAUGACAGCCUAAAAAUGACAUCGGCAGAACUGGGCGGAGGAUCAGUCGUGUUGGGGGCAGAGGAAGACCUCCCAGAGGGGUGCAGCUCCAUCCUGGUGUGCACAGGCGUGUACAGCAGAGACCAGCAGGAGGUGCCCUUGGAGCCCUCCGUCACCGAGCAGCGCGUCUUCCACGGGCACAGGGACUUCCGCUUUGACCCCAGCCUCACGCAGCCCUCCUUCGUGGUGGAGGAUGUGAAGGAGGCGGUGGAGCUGGUGUUUCAGCAGGAAGGCUGGCCCCUGGAGUAGGACGUCUUAGAGAUGUAUGCUGCUGGUUAUUACAGGCCAGAUGUAGCCGGUUCUUCCUUGUGUUUGCCAUAGAAACAGCAGCA